AUUCCAGAUGAUGAAAAUGAGCGACUGUCGAAAGUAGAAAAGAUCAGACAAUUGAGAGAGCAAGUAAAUGACCUUUUUAGCCGGAAAUUUGGUGAAGCCACUGGUAUGAAUUUUCCUGUGAAAGUCCCGUACAGGAAAAUCACCAUCAACCCUGGCUGUGUGGUGGUGGACGGGUUGCCUCCUGGAGUGGUAUUUAAAGCUCCCAGUUAUCUGGAAAUCAGCUCAAUGAGGAAGAUUUUGGAGUCAGCAGAGUUUAUCAAAUUUACUGUUAUUCGACCAUUUCCAGGACUUGUGAUUAACAAUCAGCUGAUGGAAAAAGCUGAAGCAGAAGCACCGCCGAAAGCACCAGCAGCAGCAGCAGCACCACCAGUGCCACCAGAGCCAGCUGAACCAAGCCAAAUAAAAGAAUCUGUAGGAGAUACUAAAAAAACAGAAGAAAAUUCUCAAAUAAAGCAAGAACCAGACCCAACGUGGUAGACCUCCUCAAUGCUAGUCAGAAGCAUCCAGUUCUGAGAAGAGCCUGCUGGGACUGUCUUGAGCUGUGUAAUAUAACUGUAUAAGAGAAUUACAUUCUAUACAAACCCUUUUUGUACUUUUAGAUAGAAAUGUCUACUUUUUCAGCAGUUCUAUGAAUGGACUUAAAGCAAAGAAUGUAUGUAGAUUUGGAAUGGCUGGUUUUACUUUGGAAUAUAUUAUAAGGACUAAAUUUGAUGCAGCAAUGCUGGGGAGAUGACAAGGAUUAAAAUCAACAAGGACUUAACAGAGGCUGUCUGUGUUUCCCAGUAGAGCUGAAUUUCACCG